AUGGUGAAAGCUAGGAGGCCGGCCUGGAAACGGUAUAUCUACAUAAUAAUCCCAUUGGGCCUCGCUAGCAUAUGGUUAUGGCGUUUUUUGAACAAUGCGGAAUCAACAGACCUGCAGGCAUUGUUGCAGAAUUUACCUAAGGAGAUCACACAAAGCAUAGACUCAGCAUCGCAGCAGAAGCAAGACGCGUCGAUGGUUGAGAUGUUUGAAAAACUUUCCGCCGAUUUGCUGCAAAAACAGGACGAACAACUUCAAAAAUUCGAAAAGGAGCGUAGAGCGCUGGAAAAACGGAUACAAGAUCUGAAGCAGCCCUCUCCGCAUGCCUCGCUGCGCGAAAACUUGGCACUGAUCUUCGAGUACCGUCCGUCGUACCGGUUUCCGGCGUUUUUAUGGCAAACUUGGCCCUAUUCCGACACGGACGGUAGAAUGGAUCCUGUAUUGCAAAGCUAUGAGAGACAUUGGGGUGACAAAAACCCGGGCUUUGUUCAUGAAAUCAUCAACGAUGAUGCUGCGUCUGCUUUAGUGCAUUACAUGUAUUCUGCGAUUCCUCAAGUGGUGGAAGCGUAUGAAUUACUACCAUCUGCUAAUCUGAAAGCUGAUUUUUUCAAGUAUUUGAUUCUGCUUGCACGAGGUGGUGUUUACGCCGAUAUCGAUACCGAUGCUUUACAGCCAGUGCCCAACUGGAUUCCCGAAAAUGUGUCGCCCCGCGAGAUAGGUUUGAUCAUUGGGAUAGAGAACGACGCUUCCAAUCCAGAUUGGAGAAGUAACUACGUCAGAAGACUGCAAUUUUGCAACUGGGUCAUUCAAGCAAAGCCAGGCCACCCUGUGGUGCGAGAAGUGGUGGCCCGUAUCACGGAGAUUACUCUAGAACGACGUUCAGAGGGCGAACUGCGCAUGAACCUCAGAAAUGACCUGAACAUCAUGGGCUGGACCGGAUCUGGGAUUUGGACAGACGUUGUUUUCACGUACAUGAACGAUUACGUGCAAAGUGGUAUCCUCAGCAAGAUCACUUGGAAAGAGUUCCAUAAGCUUGAGGUUCCAAAACUUGUUGGUGACGUGCUGGUUUUCCCCCAAAGCUCUUUCAACGCCCCGGAAAAGGACUCCAUGGACAAAGACUCGGACAGCAAUAAAGCUCUACACUUUGCCACACAUUCGGGACUCAAGAGCUGGAAAGCAGGUCCUAAGAUUGGAGAUGAAGAGUAG